AGUAAAAAUCAGCCGGCCAGAAUAACUUAUGUAUUAAGUAAGACAGAAUCUUCCGGUGGACAUCAGUGACGUGGCAGACGAAUAGAAUUCCAACAAACCUAUAUAUAGUAUGCAAGCAGUCGUUUUCAGCAGUCAUCAGGACAGAAAUGUUGAUGACGAUCGGAUUUAGAAGCACGCAGCCUCACUUUUGCGUGAACUCGCUCGCUCGAGGGAGGUUUCAUCAAGUGCGCCCGGGUAGGACAUGGAACGCAAGGAGCAGUUCCCCGCCGGCACUUGAUCCAGGAAGGUUCAGCAUCUCGAGACCUGUCAUAAUCCUCGGGAAGGGGGUGGACGAGAGGCAGGUAUAUCAAUUGGACUGGAGGGAAAGGGAUCGUAUGAUUGUAAAAGCGGAGAACAGCAGCAGCAAGGACACGCAGCGGUGAGGUGGUGAGGGAGGUGCAGAAACCGCCAUUCUCAGAGUGGCUUGGGGACCUGCGUACUGUAGGUUCGUCCGACGCUGGCUGACACUAUUUGCAAAUCGUCUGGCCG